UAUGAGGUCAUCGCAGGCCUGCCGGGCUUGGGGUGACGUCAUCUCCGGGAAGUGUGCUUGCCGAGCUAAGAGCGGUCCUCUCACCUCGGCUGCGUGAGAGGCUGCGUGCCCCACAGAGGCCGCGGCCCUAAGAAGGUAACCAUGACCUGUUAGUGCGUGCCUAGUGCGUGCCACGGUCCCCGGACCUGGGGUCGCACCGAUCUUCACCUGCGACUCGGCCUUGUAGGCUUUGAAGUAUGAGGUGGGGGCGAAGAGGCUUUUUUAGCCAGCCUUUCAAGAUGGCGACCCGCUAGUCACGUGCCGCUCGCAGGACGCGAUUGGCCAACGCACGGCGCGGGGCGGGGCCUGCGGGGCGGGGCGGGUGCCGGCUCUUGCCGCUACUGUUUGCUUGCGCGUCCUGGCGCGCCCCCGCGAGCCGCCUCCCGCGCUGCGCGCCCCCGCCGCUCCGAAUGUUGUGAAUCAAAACGUGGGGCUGGUUCCAUCCGGCCGCCGCGGACAGUUCUUAAAGGGCCAGUCCGCCGGAGAGCACAGCUGCGUCCUGCGCCGCCCUUCUCUCGGCCCGGGCUGGGGAGGCGGAAGACAGAGCAGGCUUGCGAAGGAGCGGGCGCUUCACCGUCCGCACCCCGCAUCGCGAACAAAGGAGCCCGCGUGUGAUCGGACGGCUGCCGGGUUGUGAGCCCCGGCACAGCCCCUCCACCUCCCUGCCCUCCUGAUGAGACCAUGGACUCUGGCAGUGACUAAGUGGCCACCUUCUGCCCCUGUGGGUCACUGGCGAGUCUUUACAAGGCUUAGCAGCAGUCCAGGCCAGCUCUGGGGAAGCCUUGGCCACGAGGGGCCCCUGGCCAGCCCACCUGCCCAGGAUGAGCGCUUACCCUCCCAGCAGCUGCUGCCCAGACCAUCAAACCUCUCUGUAGAGGAGCACCGAGCCUCAGCUCCUGCCGGCAGGAGCCCCCGAAUGCUGCACCCAGCCACCCAGCAGAGCCCGUUCAUGGUUGAUCUCCACGAACAAGUGCACCAGGGACCUGUCCCUCUGUCCUACACGGUCACCACAGUGACAACCCAAGGCUUCCCUUUGCCUACAAGCCAACACAUCCCUGGCUGCAGUGCCCAGCAGCUCCCAGCAUGCUCCGUGAUGUUCAGUGGGCAGCACUACCCCGCUCUCCUGAACCUGGCGGAGCGGCUGGGAGACGCCAAGCCCCGGGGCCUCACCAAAGCAGACAUCGAACAACUGCCGUCGUAUCGCUUUAACCCUGACAGCCAUCAGUCUGAGCAGACUCUGUGUGUGGUCUGCUUCAGUGACUUCGAGGUGCGGCAGCUGCUCCGAGUCCUCCCCUGUAACCACGAGUUCCAUGCCAAGUGUGUUGACAAGUGGUUGAAGGCCAACCGGACCUGUCCCAUUUGCCGGGCGGAUGCCUCCGAGGUGCCCAGGGAGGCCGAGUGAGGCUCCACAGCCACCCACAAGAUCCCUGCCCAAAGCUCCNGAAUUGGGUGGGGGGAGCUGGGCAUGGCCCGGGGAGGACUGUGAGGGUGGGGCCAGGCCUGUCAGCGUUCCCACCUGCCACUCCAGAGCUGGUGCCANGGUCAGUCUGGAGAAGCCCCUGCAAUAAGCCCCUGCAUUGCCAAGCUCCAAAGACUCCUUCCCCAGUCUGCCUGCCUGCCUGCCUGCCCGCCACGGAGCUGCCUGAGUGUCCCCAACUCAGUCUGCUUCUUAUCUGCCCCUGGGUCNUUCUUCCUGCUGGCUCUGGGAGGCAGGAGUCCAUUCCCCAAGUGGUGGCUGGUGUGAUUCCCCAGACCCCAGA